AUCCAAACAAAGAAACGCAAGUUAAGUUCAGUGUUCGCUGCUCAAUUAAACUAUGGCUUUUAUUGGCAACUUGUAGCAAACUAACGCUUAGCAAUGUUGCUGAAAAUUCGGCAUGCACUGCUUGAGGUGACGAAUCAAUCGGCAAAGCAGUCUGUCAAGCAAUCGGCGGUUAUAAUCAACAACGAGAUCAUUAUAAGUUCUGGCAGCAUUUUGCAGCCUUUUGUUCGUUCAGAUGGAGAUGGGGACAAAAUCAUCCAGAGCUUGCAACAAUGUGAGCUGGUCGAUGCCCAAAGCGAAUCCGGCGAUGAGGGUAAACUAUUGCGUAAACUCAAUUAUCUGGUGACCUUUGAUCGACAGCGUCGUUCACUGACGGAUCGAAGUGCUCAAAGUUCUGGACAGGUUGCCCACAUACUGACCCGGUACACUGCACAGCCGUUGUACGUCUUUUGUGCCGCAGAAGUGUCGCGAAAUCUUCACAAGAUAUUAUUGAGUGCUGACUCUGAUAGCCAAAAUGUACUGCGUUCCAGUUUUUUGGUCUUGACAAUGAGAGCAUUGAAGGAGCGGGAAUCUUUCAAGGGUUUCCUUCAGCACAUCGCCAGCUAUUUGCGCUACUUGCAACCAAUUCACACACUUGACGAUGUCUUGGUCAUGUGUUCGCCAUUUGGCUUGGAAAACUUUUAUAAGACCAUCAGCAUUGGCAAGGUGUCCAAUGUGAUGGGUAGCUCUCUAUUCGGUUUAUCAAAUGCAUUGCCUUUGGGCUGUGAAGGUUCUGCGGUGUUCAACAACAAACUUCGUUUAGUAGGCAUUAUCAUCUGUACAUCAUUCCAGCGGGAUCAGGAGAACGUCAAUCUUACUUUGGCUGCCAAUUUUGGUUAUCUAUUGCGUGAUUUUAUGGAGCAACUAGGAACCCCCAUUACAAUGUUUAAUUUAACGCGUGAGCCAUCGAAUUUUGCAUGGGAGCGCACAAUUGCAGUGAUUGAAUCGUCUGGUCAACAGGGCACUGGUACCUUCAUCAAAGUUCACAACAAACGCUUCAUCCUCACUUGCGCUCAUGUCGUUGGACAGGUCAACGCUAAAGUACUUUGUCGUGCUAUUGAUCGAGAAUUCCACUCAGAUGUUAUUUGGUGCAAUCCAGAUGAGAAUCGUCCUUUUGAUUUAGCUCUGCUUGCCGCUCCAGAUGAUGUCCCUGAACUCUAUUGCGUUCGAUUAGCCCGCAAUCGCGCUACCCUGGGACAAACUGUUUACAAUGCUGGCUUUCCAUACUAUGUGAACUUUAACUUUAAGUACGACUUUAAUCCGUCCAUAUUUCAAGGUCGCAUUAUUAAGUGCGAUCAGGGUGCAAUAAUGUCCGAUGGUAGCGUUCAGGCCGGUCAAAGCGGUGGUCCAAUGUUUGACCAAAACGGCAAUAUACUUGGAGUUUGUGUGUCCAAUAUUAAGCAUGAUGAUGUUGUGUAUCCAAAUAUAAAUACAGCCAUUCCGACUUUUGAUAUACGACAGACAUUACGAGAAUUUGCAAGAACCAGCGAUGUACAGGUGCUUAACAACCUCGUGGCAAGUCAGGAUGUCCAACGAGUCUGGUCGUUAGACAUGCCUACAAUACAAAGCAAACUUUAGCUGACGCACAAUAAAUUUCAAUAAUGUAAUAUAUGUAUAUAUGUGUACCAUAAGACGUUAUUUCUAGAACGUUUUUUUUUUACUUAAAAUAAGCCAUAUAUCUUUGUAAAUAAAUGAAAAAAAAAUA